AUGCUAUUUUUAACUCUACAAACUGUUUAAUAGAUAUAUUUAAAAACAUAUUUUAGAAAUUUUAUUAGUUAAUUUAGGAGUUAAUUUUUCAAUUUAAAACUAAAUACAAAGAAAGUAAAUAAAUACACUCAUUCACAUAUUUACAUAAAAUUAAAUAUAAUGGUAGAUUAUGCUUAAAAUUAAAAUUAAACGAAUGGAAAGGGUAGAAAAGAGCUACUUUUUAGCGGUGGUGCAGGUGCCGUAGGUUUUUAAAUGGGAUAUACUCAUGGAAUUAUGGAAAUUGUUGGAAAAGACAAGCUUAAAGAGUAUUGUUUUGGAGGUGUUUCUGCAGGAACUGCUGUGGCUGCUUUUACUCUGAUGGCAUUAUAUUCUGAUGUGGACUUAAAAUAAAGUUACUAAAAUUAGAUAAGGAAACUAUUUUAAAAGGAAAAUCGCAAAUAUCUUGGAUUAAUUUCAAAUGGAUAACUCAUCUUUUAAAUGGCUAUGGACUUUUGGGAGGAUCAUCAAAAGCUUAAUUUACCUUCUCUAAAUGAAAGGUAUCAUGUCUAUUAUACAUCAAUAGAAGGAAUUCUAAGUUUAAAGGAAAAUAUUGUACACUAAUUUACAGAUUAGCUUCAUUUUUCCCACUCAGUAGAAGCAAGUUGCACAUUGCCAAUAAUAACCAGAUUUGGAUUUUAUAAAAAAUUUAAUGGAUAAAAAGUCUUAGAUGGAGGAUUUACAAAACCUAUUCCAUACAGAUAUAAAGACUCAAAAAAAGUAUUUUUAAAUGUAAUGCCUAAAGCUCUUAGGUAUACCAGAGAAAAUAUUAAAAAUUUAUCAAUAAUUGAUCUAACAGAAAAUAGCGAUGUCUCUUUUCCUUUAGAUUAUUGGGUUUGGAGUGAAUACUGGGCUGAUGAAAUGUUUUUAAAAGGUUAUCUACAAGCUCUACAAGAUAAAGACAUAAUUACCAAAGCAUUUUAAGAGGAUGAAGAAUGUGACUAAAAAAUAGAUGAAAUAGAUUUCUAAUUAUAGUGA